AUGAGAACUGCUGCGCCAAUCACUGAUGAAGAAGCUGUGGCUGCAGCCGACAAGGAGAUGGAGGAACGGGCCAACAGAGCCAAGGAACUCCUCUCGAAACGGUAUGUUGGACUGAAGCGUCAACAGGAAGGAAAAAAGACUCGUAAACUAAACCUAGAACGUCAGAUGCAAGGAAUGGGUGUUCCUGAGGACAAGAAGAGGGAAAUGCGAAAGCACUUGGAGCAAGAGGAAAUGAUGAUCCAAAAGCAUUCUCGAAAAGCCAUGAGUCCCGCUGAUUUUGAGUCUCUGACAGUGGUUGGAAGGGGAGCCUUUGGGGAAGUUCGAUUGGUCCGUGACAAGCAAAAGGGCAACGAACCAGUGCAAAUUUAUGCCCUCAAAUCCAUGAAGAAGGAAAUGAUGAUUUUGAAGAAUCAAGUGGGCCAUGUUCGUGCCGAGCGUGAAGCAUUGGCCAAGGCGAGUUCCGAAAAUCGUUGGUUGACUGCCUUGCAUUACAGUUUUGUCGACGAAACCUAUUUGUACAUGGUCAUGGAAUUCUGUCCAGGUGGGGAUCUCAUGAGCAUGCUCAUCAAGGAGGACACCUUUAGCGAACAUGUCACUCGAUUUUUCAUGGCGGAGGCAGCCCAUGCAAUUUCCAGUAUUCACGCCUUGGGGUACAUUCAUCGCGAUAUCAAGCCAGACAAUAUGCUCUUGGAUUCGAGGGGACAUUUGAAAUUGACCGAUAUGGGACUCUGCAAAAAGGUGGGAGAAGUCAGUCCCAUGGAUGACCCAGAUGUGGUUCUGAAAACAAUGAGGGAUCAAGGAUUCAUUAAAGAUAUUGGAUCGGGCGACCAUCCCAGUAUGGGAGGUGCCGGGCGUUCUUCUGGAGGUCGGGGGCACCGCAAUUCGGAUGAUGCCAUGGCCAUGUCCAUUGACGAUAACAUGGAUAUGGGUGGUGCGGCAUUUGCCACUGGCCAGAGACAAAAUCCAAACCUUACGGCCAAGGCACGACGAGAGAUGGCAUAUUCGACGGUUGGUACACCUGACUACAUUGCUCCAGAAGUAUUGGCUGCUCAAAAUGGAGCAUCUGGAUACUCAUACACUACUGCAGUGGAUUGGUGGAGUUUGGGUGUGAUUAUGUUUGAAUGCUUGGUAGGAUACACACCUUUUUAUGCAGAAGACCCAGUGACAACUUGCCGAAAGAUUCUAAGAUGGAGACAGUGCCUUGAAAUGCCAGCAGAGACAAAGGCACAACUAUCACCUGAAUGCAUUGACUUUUUAAGCUGCUUGUUGGCCGGGCCAGAAUCUCGUAUUGGAAGCAGCAAGAACAGCACCGAGUUUGAGAACGGAUUCCGACAGAUUAUUCAGCAUCCAUGGUUCAAGGGAUUUGAUUGGGAAGGCUUGCCACACAAAGAGGGACCUCUGCUGCCAACUGGAUCGCGGGAAUUCCCAGAGUUGUUGGAGUAUCUCAAGACUUGCCCCAAGUCGGAUCCUCGGUUCCCUCAAUUGGUUCAAAGAGUGACUCAGAAUUUUGAUACCUUUGAAGAUUAUGGAACAAAUCUAGACAAGCAAAAUCGUACCCGUGUCAUUCGCAAUCCAUUGGACCAAUUCUACGAUUACAACUAUCGAAGAGUUCGCAAGCCUCGAAUCCCAUUGCCAGUGGACAAGCAAACAUAA